AUGGGUAAUAACAUAUCAAGCACGACAGCAUCAAUAGCAACGGCAGGAAUCACCAGCUACGUCAGUGAAUUGGGCGAUAUUCAGUAUGGUGAAAGUCUAAGCAGUGCGCGGUUCAUGAAAACUAUUCGCGGUCGACAUAAAGAUGGCGCUGUUGUUGUAAAAAUAUUUAUUAAACCUGAACCGGGAAUAUCAUUAGCUAAUAUUGUAAGAGCGCUUGAAGAGGAGCGAGAGGCUCUUUUGGAAGUUCCCAAUGCCUUCCCGUAUCAGCGAAUCAUAGAGACAGAGAAGGCUGGAUAUUUAAUACGGCAAUAUUUUUUUAGUAGUUUGUAUGAUAGAAUAAGUACUCGUCCUUUUCUGAAUCUCACAGAGAAAAAAUGGAUAACAUAUCAAUUGCUAUGUGGAGUGCAUGAUGCGCAUAUGCAUGGAAUAUAUCACGGAGAUAUUAAAACCGAAAAUGUCUUGGUAACGUCUUGGAAUUGGGUUUACCUUGCCGAUUUCUCGGGAUCCAUUAAACCAACUUAUUUGCCGGAAGAUAAUCCUGCAGAUUUCUCCUUCUUCUUUGACAACUCAUCGAGAAGAACGUGUUAUCUAGCUCCUGAAAGGUUUUAUAAACCGGGCAUUGGCGUAGACAAAAUUAAGUGUGAACCUGAAGUUGGCGGGAAAGAGGGCUCAAUUACUUCAGCUAUGGAUAUAUUCUCUCUUGGCUGCGUGAUAGCUGAGCUCUUUUUAGAAGGUACACCAAUAUUCUCUUUGUCACAAUUAUUUAAAUAUCGUACCGGUGAAUAUGAUCCUGGGGUAUAUCUUGAUAAAAUAGAGGAUCCGGAUAUUAAAGCUAUGGUGAAACAUAUGAUAAACAUUGACCCAACUAAACGAUUUACUGCUGAACAAUAUCUUCACGAAUGGCGCGGCACUGCGUUUCCAAUAUAUUUCAGUACAUUUCUCCAUCAAUAUGUUGCUUCAGUUACUGAUCAUCAUAAUAGAUCUCACGACAUAGGAGUUACUCUCCCAACAAACGCUCCUCGCACGCGAGAAUCUUCCGAAGUACAAAAUACUAUCAUUAAUACUGAUGCGGAUGACAAGAUUGAAAGGAUAUACAAUGAAUUUGAUAAGAUUGCAUUUUUCCUUGGAUUUUUUAAUGGCAACGGAGCUGAAGAGGACGAUGGAAGUAUGGAGGAAGAUAUUAAAGGGAGGAAUGGGAAAGUUGGGGAGAGGUCAAAAAAAUUAGCACCUGAAUCAUCCGUGUUGUUAAAUAAUGCGACUGCUCUAUCAGUUCACCUCAAUAUUCCCAACUAUGACACAUCAUUAGUUUCGUCUCGUAAAAAGACCAAAGAAAAAGCAGAAUAUAUUCUCCCAAACGUUGUGAAAUUUGCGUCGGACCCUGAGGUCGUUGUAAGAGUAACGUACGCUCAGUGCAUAGCUUCAAUUGCGGACAGUGCUCUGAGAUUUUUGGAGAUGACACAGGCAUUCAAAUCGGAUGGCUCAUUAACAAUAUCGGGUCGUACUACAGAUUAUGGUGCAUUUGAGGGAACGUACGACUCUAAUUUGCAUGACCUGCAAUCCGUCAUCCAAGAGCAAGUCACAAUACUGCUUAUUGACCCUGAGAGUGCUGUCAAGAGAGCUCUACUAGCAAAUAUAACCAGCCUAUGUAUAUUUUUUGGACGACAAAAAGCGAAUGACGUGUUAUUGAGCCAUAUGAUUACGUAUUUGAACGAUAGAGAUUGGAUGUUAAGAUGUACAUUUUUUGAGAGUAUAAUUGGAGUAGGAACAUUCGUCGGCGGUCGUAGUUUGGAGGAAUAUAUUCUUCCGUUAAUGAUCCAAGCUCUCACUGAUGCCGAGGAAUUUGUUGUUGAGAAAGUAUUGAAUUCGCUCACGAGUCUGGCCGAAUUGGGCCUAUUUCACAAAAUGAAAUUGUGGGAAUUAGUUGGAAUCAUAUCAUCAUUACUCUGUCACCCAAGUAUUUGGAUUAGAUAUGGGGCAAUCGCAUUUAUAUCAUCUGCUGCUAAGCUUCUACCUACCACUGACGUCUGGUGCAUUGUAUACCCUAUAAUAAGGCCGUUUUUACAAGCUGAUAUCGCAGAAGUAACGGAAUUACAAUUAUUGGAGAACGUCAAGGAACCGCUCUCCAGGGCUGUGUUCGGAGCUGCUUUGACAUGGGCAAGCAAGGCAAACAAGUCGUUAUUUUGGAAACAAUCAAAAGAGCGUAAAGUUUCCAAAUCGAACUUGUCCAACUCUGCCAGCAGUAUAACAGCUAUAACAAUGCUUGCUCGUCGGACUUCAACACUCGCUAUUAACAAUGAGAAAAUUGCAAAAUCGGAAGAAGAUGAGCAUUAUUUGAAGAAGCUAAGGAAUAUUGGAAUGACAGAUGAAGAUGAAGAAAAGCUGGCUGCAAUGAGAGACUAUAUUUACAAACUUUCGGUAUCAAAGAGUGCAAGGCCAAAAACGCAAAACGAGGAUGUCGUAAAUAUUGAGCAAGAUGGCUCAGUCAAGCUAAAGAAUAUCGGAAUUACAAUUCACAAUGUCUUCCUGAGACCCGCAAAUUUGGAUAACAUGACGAAUGGGGCGACUGACAGAGCUAUACCUACAAGUCCAUACCGUAUACCAAGCGCCGCAAACAGUAAAACUUCACUUACGGAAACAACAGCGCAGUAUAAACCUGUUUCAUUAUCUUAUAAUCCGCGAGGCGGGAGUGACGUGACUGCCACGAAUUUCGCCAACAGCCGCAAUCGUCGCAUUUCAAUGGGCCAAGUAGAAGGCAAAUCAAACACGUCAGCACGAGAUGGUCACAAUAAUAAUUCCUCUACGCCUCUCGUGUCUGUUCCUGUCUUGUCUACUGUACCACCUUCUCCGCCUGAGAGAAACAAGACCGGAACAGCUGCUAUUGACAUCAAUAUUCGGAGAAAUAGUUCUACAAGCAGCCUGGCAAAACGUAUGUCGUUGGUUGGCAGAGCAGCCGAGAGCCCUAAAGCAGCCCCUGCGACCAGUACUAGCAUGACUACUGUGGAGGGCACCAUGGAGAUUCCCGUUAUUAAAAAAGUGGAGCAGGAGGCAACCCCUGUAAAUAAUGCAAACAUUGGCGGUGUUGAUGUUCUGCCUAGAAGGAAUCUUAGUACCCUUGUGUCUAGUACUUAUGAGGGAAAUGAUAGAAAUGUAAAAAAUCUAUUGGAUAGCAGAUAUCUGAAGACAUUUCCCAAUCCCAUGCCAGAGUUUGGUCCUAGGAUAACAAAAUCUCCCACAAAUCGUCAUGGACGCGCCAAUGUAUCAAAGACGGUUACCGACUUUCGUCCAGAAGGAACGCUGAUAGCUCAUCUAACAGAACAUAAAGCAGCCAUAAACAAGAUUUGUGUAUCGCCAGAUCAUAAAUUCUUUGCAUCGUGUUCUGACGACGGAACUGUUCGCAUAUGGGACUGUGCUCGAUUAGAAAAGAACGUGACAAAUAGGUCAAGAGCGACUUAUGUUCUCGGCGGAAAGGUUAAAUGCAUGACAUUCAUUGAUAGUACUCAUAGCAUCGCUUGUGCGUCUGAUAAUGGAAACAUCCACGUAUUCCGCGUUGAAUAUACGCCAGGCAAUAAUUCUGCCAAGUAUGGGAAACUUCAGAUUGUGCGAGAAAAGUAUCUCAAAGACGAAUAUGCAAUUUCCAUGGAGCAUUAUAAUACAGGCACAGAGUCCAUUUUAAUGUACGCUACCACAAAGGGUACUAUCUGCGGUCUGGACCUGCGCUCAAUGCAACUGUCUUGGUCUGUCGAAAAUCCGCGCAGUCAUGGUGUUAUUACGGCUAUGGUGACCGACCGCGCUCACAACUGGCUGCUUGUUGGUUCAUCUCGUGGUAUUCUCACCCUCUGGGAUCUGCGUUUUCGUAUUGCGCUUCGAUCAUGGAUGCAUCCGACCAAGAGUAAAAUAAGCAAAUUGUUAUUGUGUGCUCAUAGUAAGGAACCGCGUGUGAUUAUUGCUGCUGGCAAACAUGAAGUGUCUUUGUGGGACAUUGAGAAAGUAGAAUGUAGGCAAAUGUUUGCAGUCAGAAGUGGAGACGAGAAGAUGGGCGGUGUGAGUUUGGAUACUUUUAAGCCUAUAGAUCCUCCUGGUCCAGGCGAUAUAUUAAUGAGUGCCUUUACUGCGCAAGAGAGCAGUUACGCGGUUGAUAAUUCAAUUAGAGCGGUUUUAUAUAUGCCUGAAGCUGGAUGCUCGUACAUGUUAACGGCAGGAUCUGAUCGUAAAAUUCGCUUCUGGGACAUUGCAACACCCGAAAACUCUUAUAUCGUCACUGGACAAGACGCAGAUGAAGCCAAGCCUACGUACAGGUAA